UAGAAGGAAAAGGUGGGGUAAGAACACCAUCCCACGUGAGCAAGAACAGGUUUCUGAUAAACGGGACUUUCACCAGGGGUAUAAAAGGACGUAAAGAACCGGUCCUUUUGUGUAAACUUGACCUUGUGGCAGGCUGCGAUAUACCCAAGGCUGAAGAAGAGUCAUUUCAAGCGUAACAUGGCAGGUUACCUGUACGGCGUUUUGCUAUUAGUGGUUGGAGUGGCUAGUUAUGGGGGACCUCCAACAAGCUACUGUCCAACAAUGGAAGACAUGUACCCAUGUAAAUGUGAGGGUACUGCUAGAGUAGUCUGCAAUGAAGCCAAAAGUACGGAACAAAUUAUCAGAGCCUUCAAAAACUUUCCAACCAUUCCUUAUCCAAUGGGGAUUUUUCUCAUGGAAGGAACAACGGCAACGAAUUUACCAUCCGGAGUGUUCAAUGGCGUCCAGUUUCACCGCUUCGACCUGAAAAACAACAGAUUCCUCACCUCGAUUGGAGAAGAUGCGUUUGAAGGCAGUGAAGAUAUCGCUCAAGUCAUUUUCCUGAACAAUGGGGCUGUCUCUACACCAUCCGUCUUCAAGGCCAUUUCGAAACUAAAUGACCUUGCAGCAGUGUUUCUUGAUUACAACGAUAUUCCUUCCAUUCCUGACCACGCCUUUGGUGACCAGGAAUAUCUCAACGUCAUCAAACUUCAGGGAAACAGAAUAUCCUCUAUUGGACAAUAUGCUUUUGAAAAGCUGGACAGUGUCACAAUGAUUGAUCUUAGAGAUAAUCAACUAAACAAGCUAACUGAUUACUCGUUUGCGUUUCGAUCCAACAAUACAGAAAAACUAUUGACCGUUCUUCUGAUCAACAAUAGCAUUUCUGAAAUUUCACCCAAAGCUUUCAGUGGAGUUCGUCGUCCUGUAGAUUUUCUGUUUAAUAACAAUAAGCUGACAACCCUAGACCAAGAAACAUUCGAAUCGGUAGUCAAGUUCUUCACUAAGAUUGGAAAGGGACACAUCGUAAUGACAGGAAAUCCAAUCCAGUGUGAUUGUCGGUUGUUGUGGAUUGUUGAGAAUAGCAAGUACUGGAGCCGAAUCGGAGAUACAAAGUGUCAAGAUGGUCGCUACAUUCAGGAAUACAAAGUGGAAGAACUGGGAGAUUGUCAAAAACAGUCAUCCUUUCCUUAAGACAAAACUAAUAGCUGUUACAAAAUCAUAUUCAGUUCGUGUUUUCUUAUUAAAAUAAUUUUAGGUGAUCAGUAAUAAUUACAGGAUUUUUCACUCUGAUUUAAGCAAGUAUGUAUAUGUAGUUAGUGAUGAUAAAAUUAAAAUGUAGAAAUCAUUCCUUCCUUCUAGAAAAACAUCAACAAAAAGUUACGAAAGAUAAGACCAAGAAGUUUGGAUAAAAUUAAUAUACUCGUAAGAACCAAUCAGAUAUUUCCAAAAUUAAUUAAUAUGUAAUAUUGAUUCGUGUUUAUUGACAGCACGCGAGAAGCACAAUCAUUGACCAAUAAGUAAAUGCUUCAAAUUUCUUUUUCUUUGUUUUGGACUUCUCUCAAGAAAAUCAAUUUAAUAAAGUUGGUUUAAAUGAA